UUUCACCAGUUUAUCUAGUUUGUUUUGUCACUGUCCUCUCCUAUUAUGAAGUCACUUUCUUUCUGCUUAAUACUGUGCGGACUCCUUACUGUGGCUUACAUGAAGUGCGGUGGAACUAGUGACGCUAAACCUGCAAAUGACGAGAUUCGGGCUAUCGUCACUCAGGUAAAGGGUGCGGUUGAAGAUCAUGCUAAGAAAUCCUACUCGGUGUUUGAGCCACAUUCCUACACAACUCAAGUGGUUGCUGGAACUAACUACUUUGUCAAGGUUAAAGUUGCUGAUGAUGGGGAGCACGUGCACCUAAGAGUACACAAGAGUUUACCUCAUGCCGGUGGAGAACUUUCUCUACACUCUAUUCAGCAUUCCAAGACGGAGGCGUGCCCAAUCGAGCAUUUCUAGACUCUUCUACAUAGAUGUCUACAACUUAUUAGAACUAUUGUUAUGUUACAUUGAAACAUGUGAUUGUUUUGAAAUAUUUUUCUCAGACAGUAUAUUCUUUUCAUUGAGUGUUGGUAGAAUUUAGAGUGUACUAAAUGUUUCAAAUGUUUUCCUUCAUAGAUUGCUUACUUCUUGCAUAAUUUGCUUGCAUUGUUUUCAUAAAAA